CUUUAAUAAAUUGGUUAAUUGGAACAGGGUUUCCAUUUUUCUUUAUUCCCCCGUUCAAUCUCUUCAUCUCCCUCGACCUGCCCCUUUUCGGCGACUCCUCCCUCUACAAUUUCCGUCUUUUCCGGCAAAGCUUCGUCCCUUCCUCCCAUACCCCCAAGAAUCCCCUUUUCUUGGCCCUGUCCAUAACACAGUAGAAGAAAAAUGGGUAUAUGGGAUUAUGUGUUGACGGCGCCGACGAACGUUACUCACUCUUGUGUCGGCAAUUUCACUGCCCCGAACGAGCUCAAUCUCAUCGUUGCGAAAUGCACCAGAAUAGAGAUUCAUUUGCUGUCGUCUCAAGGUUUACAGCUUAUGUUGGAUAUGCCAAUAUAUGGUAGAAUUGCCAUACUUGAGCUUUUUCGCCCACAUGGGGAAACUCAAGAUCACCUUAUCAUGGUUAAGGAAGCAUACCAGUUCAGUGUUUUGCAAUGGGAUGCCGAGAAUGCGGAGUUUAUUACAAGGGCAAUGGCGGAUGUUUCAUAUCAAAUUGGUAUCCCCGCAGAAAAUAGAAAGAUCGGCAUAGUUGACCCAGAUUGUAGAUUGAUUGGACUUCAUCUAUAUGAUGGAAUAUUCAAGGUCAUUCCAUUUGAUAACAAAGGCAAGUUCAUGGAAGCAUUUGACAUUAGGUUUGAGGAGCUUCGGGUUUUGGAUAUUAAGUUUUUGUAUGGUUGCCCCAGGCCAACUAUUGUUGUGCUUUACCAGGAUGCCGAAGAUGUACGUCAUAUGAAAACUUACGAAGUUGCUUUGAAGGAUGAAUGUUUUGCUGAGGGUCCGUGGUCUCAGAAUAGUCUUGAUAAUGGGGCAGAAUUGUUAAUCCCAGUUCCGCCUCCUCUUUGCGGUGUCCUAAUUAUUGGUGAGGAGACUAUCGUUUAUUGCAGUGCCUCUGCUUUUAAAGCAAUCGGAAUCAGGCGUUCUAUUACAAAAGCUUAUGGGAGGGUUGAUGCUGAUGGUUCACGCUACUUGCUAGGGGAUCAUAAGGGGCUUUUGCAUUUACUUGUUAUAACUCAUGAUAGGGAGAAAGUAACUGGACUGAAGAUUGAGCUAUUGGGGAAAACGUGUAUCGCAUCGUCCAUAUCAUAUCUUGAUAAUGAUGUGGUCUUUAUAUGCUCAAGCUAUGGAGACUCACAGAUGAUAAAGCUGAAUCUUCCAGCGGAUGCAAAAGGUUCUCAUGUGGAAGUUCUUAAAAGAAUUUCGCCCAAAAGUGUGCAUGGUGGGGGACCUGGGGUUUUCAAAGGCUGGUCUCCUAACAUGGCUUUCCUAUCGGCCAUCCCCAAUCAAGUGGGCAACUUUGCGAAAUUCACCACCAAAUCCUUGUCGGCAUAUUUUUCGUCCUGGAACUUUUAUCCUGGUCCUGCGGCCUCUGCUGCCCCGGGUGAUAUUAUUUCGUGGUCUAGUAACUUAUCUCUUCCUGGUCCCGCUGCCCCGGGUGAUACUGUUUCGUCGUCGAUGAUGCACACUAUUCAGGAAAGCAACUCCAGCACCCAACCACCCUUAGAGGUCCAAGCUGUACCCAGGGAAGGAGAUAUGGCCAUGCAGAUAGAAAAGGGUUAUGCACCUCCUGCCUUGACUAUCAAACCAGUCCAAGGGAAGACAUGGAAGAGAGCAGCUUCAAAAGUUUGCAGACUGGCCAGAGAAAGUGAAACAACACAAGUCAUUCCUUCUCCCAAGCACAACAAGAUCACCAAAGAAGAGAGCUAA